AUGAGAGCUUUUUUCGAUUCUGACAUUGUCAUAAAUUUUACCCUUUCAGAAGAAGCAAUUGAAAAAGAAAAAAGUAUUAUAGAAAAUAAUAAAAGACUAGUACGAGAUUGUCAAAGAGAAAAAUUAUUAUGUGAUGUGAAAAAAAACUGGGAUAAAUUUUAUAACCAGUAUAAAACAAAUUUUUUUAAAGAUAGGAAAUGGUUAAAAGUAGAAUUUGAUCAUAUAUUUAAAGAAGGUUUAAAAACUUAUGAUGAGAAUGUUGAAGAAAGUGAAAUAAAAAAAAAUGAUCAAACCAAACUUGUAUUAGAAAUUGGAUGUGGUGUUGGCAAUUCAUUAAUUCCACUAUUAAUGGAAUAUGCACAUUGUAAUUUUAUAGGAAUAGAUUUUUCAAAACAUGCGAUUAAUUUUUUGAAUGAUAAAUGGCAAAAAAUUGUAAGUAUGAAUAAUAAGUUAAAAGUUGAAAAUAUGAAGGAUGAGUAUGAAAAGGAAAUAAAGAAUAAAAAUAUAUUAUCAGAAAAUAAUAUAAACGAUAGCUACAAAAAUGAUGAUAAUAAUAAUAAUAAUGAUAAUAAUAAUAAUAGUGAUUGUUUUAUAUUGGAGGAACAAAAUUGUUCAGAUAUUUUUGAAUUGAAAAGUUAUAAAAAAUUAGGAAAUUUGAUAAAAACAUGUGUAGUAGAUAUUACUUCAUCAGAUGAUGAGAAUUCUAAUUUUAUUUGUGAAUAUGAUUCUGUUGAUAUUAUUUUAUUAAUCUAUGUAUUGUCUGCUGUGCAACCUGAUAAAAUGAUAAAUGUAAUAAAUAAUUCUUAUAAAUAUUUAAAAAAAGGUGGUUAUGUUUUAUUAAGAGAUUAUGGUUUAUAUGAUUUAACACAAGUACGUUUUGCCAUUAAGAAAGAAAAAAAUAUAUCUGAAAAUUUUUAUGUAAGAGGUGAUAAAACAUUUGUGUAUUUUUUUAAAACAGAAGAAUUACAUGAUUUAUUUUGUAAUAAUGGAAAAUUUGAAGAAAUACAAAAUAAAUAUAUAACCAGAAUUGUUAAAAAUAGAAAGAGAAAUUUAGAGAUGAAAAGAAUAUGGGUUCAAUCCAUAUUUAGGAAGAUAUAA